AUGGAUGCAUUAACUGCGGAAAUCAGAACGUUUCUAAGUGCUCAUCCCUUUUUUCAGCUCACAGACGACAGAAAGAUCAAAUGCACCCUGAACGGACACGAGAUUCCCUGCAAACUGACGGAGUUACAGGCUUUUAUCCAGGGGAAGAAAUAUAAGAAACUAAACGCAGCUGCUCAGUUCAACUACAGCCAGUAUGAGCCACACAUUAUACCAAGCACAAAGCAACCCAACCAGCUCUUCUGCAAACUAACCCUGAGGCACCUCAACCGGCAGCCAGAACAUGUCCUUCAACACGUCAGUGGGAAACGGUUCAAGAAAGCCCUAACUCAGUAUGCGGAGUGUGCGAAGCAGGGGAUUGAGUUUGUUCCAGCCCGACUAAAACAGAAGAGGCCUAAAAAUGUCGGAGAUGAUAUGAGUGAGUCCUCAAAAAGACGGUCCAAUAGCAUGUGGGAACCGGCUUCCAGCGAUGAAGGACACAGCGACUCGGAAGACAGCAUGAGUGACCUCUAUCCACCCUCCAUGUUUUUCAAGAAUUCUGAGGUUAAAGGUACUGCAGGUGAAGACGACGAGGAAGACGAUGACUUUAAAACAGAUGAAGACAAAGAAAUGGAAGUGGACACACAGGUGGUGCAGAAGCGCAAAAAGGUCCAAAGUGGUGGCUUACAGAAGAAAUCCAGAAAUAACCGAUGGAAACCAGGGCACAAGAAACAUAAAAAAGCCCUAAAUGGAAAGUAGCCUGUGAAAAGACUUCCGCAGUCUUUCUGAAGCUGGGCAACACUGACGCGCGGUUUAGAGUAUGUGUUUAAGCUGAACUGGUUCUGUACAUCCAACUAUAAGGAUGCAAGUGACUUUUAGGGAAAUUUGUUUUGUCUCCAAAGUCAUGAUGUUUACACAACUGGUUUUUACAACAAACGAUUUUCACAGAGCCAGUUGGAGUUAUUUGUGAUAUCUAUUCCGAAGCACUUGUAAAUAAAAAAACAACAAACUGCUUUGUUUA